AUGGCCAGAUCAAAUAGAUGCCUUAGCAUUUAAAGAGAAAAUCUCGUCUUCUCAGGCUAUUCGAUCCAAAACAAGAUUAACAAAGGAGGAUUCGGGUCCAUUUACAAAGGAAUAGACAAAUCGACCAACCAAGAAGUCGCAAUCAAACAUUCACAAUUUGACUUAAAAAAAGAAUAUUAAAUUAUGACCCUAUUGUCAAAUGUGAUUGGAAUCCCCAAAGUUUACGACUUUAAGGAAUUAGAAAAAUAGAGUUUCAUGAGCAUGGAGUUGUUAUCCCAAGAUCUACACACAAUCAAAAGUAAAUUCAAGCAAUUUUCUCUUAAAUGCGUCUGCAUCAUAGCCAUACAGGUAUUGGAGAUCUUAAAGUAAGUACACCAAAUGAAUGUGGUGCAUCGAGAUAUCAAGCCUACAAAUCUAAUGGUGAAAUCACUUAAAGGUUUUUAUGUAUUAUUUAUUUAAGACUCACAAAUAUACCUUAUAGACUUUGGAAUAGCCAAGGAUUAGAGUAGGGCAGAUCACCGAUUGGAGUUCGAAGGCACAUUUUUGUAUGAUCCCAUUUCAGUGCAUAAGAGAUAGAAGUAUCGAUUUCUUGAUGACAUUGAAAUGCUGGCUUACACUCUUGUGUUUUUGUACAAUGGUAUUAACAUGCAUGAUGUGUGUAGGUCAUUUGCCCUGGAAAAAAUAUGGGAAUGAGGUUUUAGCCAAUGAGGACGCAUUAAAAUAGAAGGAGUAGUAUAUAAAUUCAAAGGCAAUGACUCAGUUGCCCUUUGCUGAUCUGUUUGGGUACAUCAAAUGGAAUCAGCAUAAGAAGAAGCCUGAUUAUGAAUUCUUGAUCAAUUUGUUUAGAAAUAUCUUGAGGGAAAAAAAACUAAAUGAAGACUACUAAUUUGAUUGGAUGGAGUAAGCAACUCCUGCUAUGAAGGGGGAAUCGAAGCAUUUAAUAGUCGAGGAUUUGAAUACAGGUAUGGAAUGAGCAAUAUUGGUAGAUUUGAAUGAGACAGAAUAAACUUACAAGGGUGUUUCUUUUUUAUCACAACUAGUAUAUAAAUUCUUUAAGGAAUGA